UGUAUACAUAUAAUAGACAGAGACAUACGUACAGGCAUAUAUAAUCGCACAUAUACAACAAACCAGACUCGCAAAACAACAGAAGCGGAAGUUUGAAGAGCCGCGCGCGUGCCGGCCGGUGCAGGACGUCCUCCGUCCUUGUUGCUUUGUUUUUGGAUUGAGAAAGAUUAACGACGGGGGAGCCAUUGGAAGAGGAAGCCAAAGUGUUUGUCGUGUGAUAUUAGCCGUGAGCCAACUGACUGGCAGGUGAACGACGCCGGAGCUGCUGUAAAUUUCAUCAAGUGCACUCGACAAGGAAGUGAGCCAUCAAGAUGGACACGAGAGCGAUCAGAUCCGUGGCCUCGGGCUGCUUGAUUCUGGCCCUCUUCACGGGAGCUUUGGCUGGACCAGCGCGAACGGCCUUCGAGAAGCUGACGGACCACGACUACCGGGGCACGACCUACUAUAGUGUGCGCAACCUGUCGUUGUACGAGUGCCAGGGUUGGUGCCGGGAGGACCCGGAGUGCCAGGCCGCGGCGUUCUCCUUCGUCGUCAACCCCCUGGCGCCGAUGCAGGACACCUUGUGCCAGUUGCAGAACGAGACCGCCGCAACUAAUCCGUCCUCGCAGCCCCAAAGGGCCGUCAACAUGUACUACAUGACCAAGCUGCAGAUAAGAUCAGAGAACGUGUGCUUGCGGCCAUGGGCGUUCGAGCGGGUGCCGAACAAGAUGAUCCGGGGCCUUGACGCCGCCCUCAUCUACACGUCUACGAAGGAGGCCUGCCUGGCCGCCUGUCUCAACGAGCACCGCUUCACCUGCCGUUCGGUCGAGUACAACUACGUGACCCUCCAGUGCCACCUGAGCGACUCCGACAGGAGAACGACCGGGCAGUUCGUGCAGUUUGUCGACGCGCAAGGCGUCGAUUACUUCGAGAAUCUCUGUCUGAAAGGCAAGGAGGCCUGCAAGGCCCAGCGGCACUUCCAGGUGCCACGUAUCGGCGUCGCCGAUGACAAGGUCGCCCAAUACGCCGGCCUGCACUACUACGCAGACAAGGAGCUUCAAGUGCAGAACGAUCCAGCCUGCCGCAUCGCCUGCGAAAUCGAGAACGAGUUCCUCUGCAGGUCGUACCUAUACCGUGGUACGCCCAUCGGACAGGCCUACAAUUGCCAUCUCUUCCACCUGGACCACUGGACGCUGCCCGACGGGCCCUCGACCUAUCUCAACGCCGAGAGACCGCUCAUCGACAACGGCGAGCGCGUCGGCAGCUACUACGAGAACUUCUGCGAGAAAGGCAAGAUCACUGAUCCGCAACCGGAUUUAAAUGUCACAGUCAGUCCAAACGACUCGAGAUUCGAUAUCAAUUGCGAUAAAACUGGUACUUGCUAUGACGUUAUUGUGGAUUGCAAAGACACGAGGAUUGCGGUUCAAGUACAAACGAACAAGCCAUUCAAUGGUAGAAUUUACGCUUUGGGUCGAUCGGAAACAUGUAACAUUGAUGUGACUAACAGCAAGUUCUUCCGACUCGAUCUCACCAUGAGCGGACAAGACUGUAAUACUCAGAGUGUGACUGGCACAUACUCGAAUACAGUGGUGCUUCAGCAUCACUCGGUGGUGAUGACCAAGGCCGAUAAGAUCUACAAGGUCAAGUGCACUUACGACAUGUCCUCGAAGAAUAUUACGUUCGGAAUGAUGCCGAUCCGCGAUCCCGACACCAUCAGCAUCACGAGCGCACCGGAAGCACCGCCACCCAAGAUCCGCAUCCUCGACAGUCGCGCCCAGGAGGUCGAGACCGUCAGGAUUGGCGAUAAGUUGACCUUCAGAAUCGAGAUACCCGAAGACACUCCAUACGGCAUCUUCGCUCGCAGCUGCGUAGCAAUGGCAAAGGACGCCAAAAGCACCUUCCAGAUAAUUGACGACGAAGGAUGUCCUGUGGAUUCUUCGAUCUUCCCGAGCUUUACACCCGACGGCAAUGCUUUGCAAUCGUCGUACGAGGCCUUUAGGUUUACCGAGUCAUACGGUGUCAUCUUCCAAUGCAACGUUAAAUACUGUCUUGGACCUUGUGAGCCGGCUGUUUGCGAGUACGGACGUGACUCUUCGGAAUCAUGGGGCAGAAGGCGUAGGAGAAGUCUCGAGAACACGACGGAGGAGAAAGCGGAAGACAUGACCUUAUCGCAAGAAAUCCUUGUUCUCGACUUUGGUGAUGAAAAGCAAUCGCAGUUCUUGAAGAGCGACGCCAGUAUAGACUUUAAUGAAGCCGAUAAGACCGUGACAAUCGUUGAGCCCUGCCCGACGAAGACGUCGGUUCUCGCCCUUGGCGUGACGUGCGCACUCCUCAUCCUGAUCUACGUAUCGACGAUCUUCUGCUAUUACAUGAAGAAGUGGCUGACGCCGCGAAAGAUGAUGCCCUGAGUGCCCGAUAACCUUAGCCCCCUACAGAUAAAGAGAAGAGAAAGAGAGAAAGGGCUCCGGAAUUCGUUGCGAGCGCACUGAUCUCCGCCCUUCAAUCGGGGCGAGCGUAACGAGGGGAAGUUGCAGGAAAAUCGUUGGCUGGAAGGAUGAGAGGAUGAAUAAGAUGGAGGGGCGGAGUGACAUUAAUAUAACAACAAAAAUAAAAAAAUAAAACAAUAAACAAAAAAAAAAAAAGAAUCAUAUAGAAAAGUGACUCUAUCCACAACGGCAAAAUGUACGAGUUUAAUUGUAUGUAUGUAGGAGGCAGGGCGCACGCUGGUGCGUUUCAUGACGCAUUUCAUACAGGUCGUG